UAACAACGUAAUUUUUUUGCUAAAAAAUCGAUUUCAACUGGCAUUUUUACCACAAUAGUCAAUAAUGUGAUGUUUUGCUGCAUUAAACAGCAUACUAGAUGGUAGAGACAGCAUUAAGGCAAGCUUAGGAUAUCGAUGGUUUGGCGAUUGUGACGCACUAUGAUGUCAAGAAACCAAGUCAACCACGAUUGGGUGAUUGGGCUGUUUUUGUUUGGCAUCGUUGGCGGCUUCACCAUUAUUUACCUCUGGUUUGAUCCAUCUAGUCCCAUGAACAGCCGAAUUAACGGUGUCUACGUUUACCAAUUGGGGAAAGAUGCAGAUCGGACAAAAUUUUCACAUCUAUCAUAUCCAUUGGUUGUCCCUCAAAAGUGUGAUGUCUUCCUACAAGAAGUCCAUAACCAAGACUUGACAUGGUGUCUUGAUAUGUCUACAGAGAAAGGUUCAACUCCAAUUUGUAUUUACCCACCAGAAAAUGACAUUUACAUUUCAAAAUCCCUCGCACAACAUGGAUCAUGGGAGGGAAAGUUGACAAAAUCUUUUGAAUAUCUUCUGACUUUGGAUCCGGAAUUGAAUGUGAUCGAUGUUGGAGCAAACAUUGGAGUCUACUCUCUGCUUGCUGCCAAGUGGAACAGAAAGGUAGUGGCGGUCGAAGCAAAUCUUGCACAUGUGAGAAAACUGUAUCAAAGCGUUCAGCUGAGUAACUUUGAAAACCUAGUGACAAUUGUUUAUAAUGCUGUGUCAGAUCGCCAUACAACUGUAAAUCUUGUUGUAAACAGUACAAACCUUGGACAUGGUUUCAUUCCCCCUGAUUCACUCUAUUAUAAUGGGUCUUUAAACAUGCCGACACCGAGUUAUUUACAGACCAAGAGUGUCAAGACAAUCCUAAUGGACGACUUGUUAGAGGUAGUCAGUUUCAAAAAAGCAAUCUUAAAAAUAGACAUAGAAGGACAUGAGCCACAGGCAUUUAAAUUUGCUCGUAAGUUGUUCUAUAUUGUUGACAUCCCUUAUGUUUUCAUGGAGUGGAAUUUUGUAAAAAGAUCACCCGAGGCAGAUUCUGUUUACCGUUUUUUUAAACAGAGGGGUUAUCGUGCAUUUGGUGAACCAUUCUUUUGGCCACCACUCUACGGUGACUAUGAGAAGUGGCCUUUCAAUAUCUUGUGGAAAAAAGUUACGGGAAAUGUUGAGGGGUACCCUUGAUAAAUCCUACCCAUGAAGAAACUGAAGUGUUUUGCACUCCCUUAUGAAGUUUUUUUAAAAGAGGUGUUACAUUCUGAUUAUAAAUGCUUUAGUGAUGACAUUGUUUGACUAGCUGUGUUUUCCUUCUGGUUAUUUGUACAUGUUUUGCUCAGUUUUUUAUCAUUAGUCAUUAUACUCAUCAUCUGUCUCUAGUCUGUUUGUAGUCUUUUAUACAUGCAAAGAUAUGAUACAAAAGAAAAUAAUCUUUAUACAACUAAUUGUUUCAUCAGUGAUAAAGUGGCAGCUCCACGGGGUCUCAAUUCUUACAUCAUUUGUGUCUAUCAUUAUAUCAUAUGUAUCUUUUUGGCUGAAGUUCUCAAUCUUUGCUGUAAUUCUCAAUUUGUUUUAUCUGUCUGUCCAACAGUAUGGGCUAUAAGUUUGGUAUUGUGUGUUGCACAAUAAAGUCAUGUUGCUUUUA